AUGCCUUCUUCGAACCAUUUUCUCCUAGUGCUAAACGGUUCCCCUGGUUACAUCAACAUUCUCGACGCUCUAAAUGGCUGGCAACUGGUCAAGGAGCUCACCGAUGCUACUGGUCUGCCUGCAGCCGCUUCGUUCAAGCACGUCUCGCCAGCAGGUGCUGCUGUCGGGCUUCCACUCAACGAUUCCGAAUCUCAAUCCUGUAUGGUUUCUGACUUGCCGCUAGACAAUCGGCGACCAUCACUUGCUGCCGCGUAUGCUCGAGCGAGAGGUAGGAAAGGAGCUGACCGAAUGUCAUCGUUCGGCGAUUUUGUUGCACUGUCGGAGAAAUGUGACGAACUCACUGCGAAAAUUAUACACAGAGAGGUUUCCGACGGUGUUGUGGCUCCCGAUUUUGACGCUGCUGCUCUUUCUUUGUUGGCAAAGAAGAAGAAUGGCAACUAUUGCAUCUUAAAGGUGAACCCAAAUUAUAUCCCUACUGAAACUGAAGAGAGAACUGUGUUUGGCCUACGACUUCGGCAGAAGCGCAACAAUGCCAGAAUCGACUCCAGCACGUUCAGCACCGUGGUCGGAAAGCACAACUACGUCAGUGAUCGAUUAUUCGAGAAAUUUUUAUUCUGUCAAGUUGAUACGCUGCAUUGGAGUUGUCAGUUACAGAAACGCCAUCGAACACUUUGCAUGUCGAAAGCUUUGAUAGGGCUGAGCAAGCAAUCGACGGACGAUUUGAUCGUGGCGACAAUCGCUCUGAAGUACGCCCAAUCAAAUACAGUAUGCUUUGCAAAUCGUGGACAGGUGAUUGGUAUUGGAGCUGGGCAACAGUCACGGAUACAUUGCACGCGGUUGGCUGGAGAGAAAGCCUGCAACUGGUGGCUCAGACAGCAUCCUCGGGUGCUAGCACUUCCAUGGAAGGCGACUGUUCGACGGGCAGAAAAGUCUAAUGCUAUCGAUGUGCUGUGCUCCGGCGUUCUUGGAAAUGAGGUUUCUCUUGACCAAUGGCAGCAGUGUUUCACAGAGCCAGUCAGUCUGCUCACUCCUGUAUCGAAACUUAGCGGAGUAGUGAUGAGUUCGGACGCCUUCCUACCGUUUAGGGAUAACAUUGACUGUGCUAAACAGUUCGGCGUGCAGUUCGUCGCACAUCCUGGAGGUUCGGUUCGAGAUGACGACAUCAUAGAAGCAUGCAACGAGCAUGGUAUCACUCUUAUCCACACCGGUCUUCGUCUUUUCCACCACUAA